AUGACUGAACCCAGGAGGGUCCGCUUCCGUGAAACAGGUCACGACUUGCCUCAGUUGGAGCGGUGCGGUGUCUUCCUGGGGGCUGUUUUCGGAGGGAUGUCCAUCGCGAGCCAGGGCCCUAGCACUCAGCCCUUCAGCUGGACGCUACUCGCCCAGGGGCGCAUGUCCCUGCCGCCGGAGCAGCUGGCCUUGUGCGUUCGCAGGACCGGCUGCGGUGGCCUGGUGCAGGGCUUGCGGCCAGGACCCCUGGCAGCCCGAAACCAGACUGCGGGUUUGGUGUUGGGCCUGGGCACUGCACCCUUUGGCAACCACUCUACAGGGGAUUUUGAUGAUGGGUUUCUGCGAAGAAAACAGCGAAGGAACCGGACGACCUUCACCCUUCAGCAGCUGGAAGCUCUUGAGGCAGUCUUUGCCCAAACACACUACCCAGAUGUCUUCACUAGAGAAGAGCUAGCCAUGAAAAUAAACCUCACAGAAGCCAGAGUGCAGGUUUGGUUCCAGAACCGAAGAGCCAAGUGGAGGAAAACAGAGAGAGGGGCCUCCGACCAGGAACCAGGUGCCAAGGAACCCAUGGCAGAGGUGACGCCACCACCUGUGAGAAACAUCAACUCCCCGCCCCCUGGGGACCAGGGCCGGAACAAGAAAGAGGCGCUGGAGGCCCAGCAGAGCCUGGGGCGAACUGUGGGUCCUGCUGGUCCUUUCUUCCCCUCCUGCUUACCAGGGACCCUCCUGAACACAGCCACCUACGCUCAGGCCUUGUCACACGUGGCCUCCCUGAAGGGGGGUCCACUGUGUUCUUGCUGUGUCCCAGAUCCCAUGGGGCUCUCCUUCCUCCCCACCUAUGGCUGCCAGAGUAACCGCACAGCCAGUGUGGCUGCCCUGCGCAUGAAAGCCCGUGAGCACUCGGAAGCCGUCCUGCAGUCGGCCAACCUCCUGCCAUCCACCAGCAGCAGCCCCAGCCCUGCUGCCAAGCCAGCUCCCUCCGACAGCAGCCAGGACAAGACCCCUCCCACCAAGGAACAGAGCGAGGGAGAGAAGAGUGUAUGAGGGUCCAGAGUGCCCCCGCCUGCCGUGUCCUCCUCCCUGCCCUCCUGCUUCUCCCAGCCUCAGCCCUGCAAACUCUGAUAGCAAGGAGAAGCCUGCUGCCUGGGGCUCGUGGACCCAGGAAAGGAUAUCAAGCUCCCUUGGUGCCUGGGGAGUCUGACAGUGGGGCUGGCUUCUUGGGUGACAGGUCCUGAUGGCACUUGUAGCAUCGGAGUCCCUUCUGUGAUGAGACCCCUGAGUUCUCAUCCAGACCUACAAGUCUUGGAGGGGAGGCAGAUUUGCUUGCCCAUCACCUUUCCUGUCCCAUUCCAGGGCCACCGUUGCAGGUCUUCUCAACCCCAAGAACUAUGGCAGGGUCAUCCUUGAGAGACAUCCAGGGCUGACGUCUUAUGAUAUGAAAUGGGACUGUCCCCAUGGCAUUGGUUAAGAACCACAGAACUGGUAGAAUCUCAAACAACUCUUGGCUCAGGCUAGACUAGCAGUAAACCCUUUUCUCUUAUUGGGGGGUAUUGGUUGUAGGCUUGGUUAGAAGGGGAGAACACGUGGGGUGGGAAAGGGCUGAUAGGACAUAGCCUGCUCCAGGGGUACAUGGUGCUCUCUCCUAGCAGAUCUCACUUGGGCACAUCUGGCUGGGCUAAUCAGGCUGGCCAUGGGUUCCAUGAACUGGGGGCCACCAUCUUGACACUGGGAGCAAGUGGGGGUCCCCACAACUGAAUCAUCUACCUGCGGGUUCUGCCUCUCUCCUGGAAAGACCUGGAGGUUGGUGGAGAAGUUGAUCAACUGGAAGGCAACUCUCUUGCCCAGGAAAAGGUGAGAGCCCUUGGAGGGGAAGAAGCCCCUAGGAACACCUCUGAAAAAAAUACUACAUAUCUGGAUGAACCACCUUCCUCAAAUCCCUGGCACCUGGAGGGGAUCUCCAGUGGUGAUGCUUUUUUUUGUUUUUUUCUUUUAAACUGGGGAAAUCAAAUGUAGGAAAUGAGACAGAAAUGGCACAUGUGCUGAGAUGAAGCUUGGGGAAGACGGCUUCCUUGUGGUGUGAAGAGAAUUAAUUCCAAAGGGCCAAAUAUCAUGGAGAUUUCUGUUUCUGUCCAGAGUGGCCAUUUCUCUCGUGUGGAUGGUAACCUCGAAGAGAUUGAAGGGGAAUUGUGCAAUAGCAUGAGCCCCGCCCCUUGCCCCAUACCUGAAAGGUUAUGGGUUUUUGGUGGCUUUUGCUGAUGGUGUUCCCAUGCAAACUGUCAUUGUUUUUAUGAUGAUUACUUUCAUUUCAGUUGUAAUCAAAACGUUAUACUUUCAGAUCCCCCCUUUUUAGCCUCCCCCGGAACCCCCAAACCCUGAGUGUAUCGUGCCUGUCUAUGAUUACUGCAAAGCAUUUGACAAAACAUACUGUCUCCUUUAAAGAAAAAAAAAAAAUCAAAUCCUUCUUCCUGCUGUAUUUUGCUUGUUGAGUACAAAGAUGAAACGAUUUGCCAAAAAGCGGCAAAGUUGCUUCCGUUUCCCUGUAAUUACGAAUGUUGGGUUGAGCGAUGUAAGCUCAAGCCCUUACGCACACUAACUCUUCAAUCUAAUUGUUUGAUUAAACUCGUAUUUCCUCCAGAAAGGUACAUAAAUAAGUGAACUGUUGGGCAAAUUAAGAAUACUUAACAGCAUUGCAUCCGAAAAGUAGUUACGCUGAUUAAAUUUUGUGUCCUUGAGGACUUUCAGGAAAUUACUUUUGAUCGUCAAUAACACAAUUAAGUAAACUACACACACAUUAGCAUGAAUAAUUGAUAAGAAAUUAUGUAUUACCACGAAGCACUGAUUUAAUAAUUCAUGACGCGACACUCUAGUGACUGUGCAAAACUGGAUAACAUCGAAAAGUCUGCCUGACGUUACGGAAAGAAAGGAAAGAAGCAAGCGCCAAACCUCUGCAGAGAUAUUGAGUACUUAGUUUUGUUGUACAGAGGCAAAAAAGUAACCGAUGCAUGAUGUAGUUUCUGUUUGUUUAA